GCAACUCCCAUAGAUGUUAAUGUUAUCUCCCAUAAAAAACAACGGUAUGCUGUAUGGUAUGGUGGCUCAUUAAUUGCUAAUAUGCCGGAGUUUUAUUCUUAUUGCCAUUCAAAGGCAGAAUAUGAAGAACGUGGACCUAGCAUUUGCCGACAUAAUCGUGUCUUUGGAUCUAUGACUCAAAAUUAA